AUGGAGCCCUCAUACGAUUAUGCCACACUCAAAAAUGUCUGCCUUCAGGAUGACGAGGGCAAACGGAGCGACUCUCUGGACCUCGCGAGAGAUGACUUUGCUGAUGACUUGGUCACGAGGAACUCCAGGCUACACAUCCUGCAACCAAAGAGGGCCCGGCUGAACUCGUGCGGGUUGUGGAUCUUCGUCUUAUUCUUCCUGUUGAGUGUACUAUUAGGCUUGCUUCUGGGGAGAGAGGCCGCACUCCGUCACGAGCAGUACGCCGGUGACCGCAACCAUCUCACACCAGAGUUUUCAAGGAAAUGGGUGGUCUUUCGACCUGACCGCGCCUAUGUGCCCUACAACAGCAGCGACUAUCAGGCGAGUGAAUUUGGGGGCGCACAUUUUGACGACUCUUCCUUCAACCUCGACGAGGCACUCGUACUAUGGGAUCGUCUGCAACGAGACGCCACCAUUCCCAUCUCGCGGCCAGAUCAAUAUGACCUACCCGAGCCCAUCAUCAAGCACGGAAAGUCAGCAUACAUCAUCUCGGCUUUCCAUCAGCUACACUGUCUGGGCUUGAUAUUCGAAGGGUUCCAGAGACUGCAUCAACAUGAAGAGAUGAAGGGUGACAUUGGGCAUUACAGCCACUGUUUCGACUUCCUUCGCCAGGCCAUCAUGUGUGCUGGUGACACAACGCUGGAGGGCGUCCAGCACAGUGAGAACCCCCUAAUUAAGAACACGCAAGGCGCAGAUGGCUGGGGGGCCACGCAUAACUGUCGGAACUGGGACGACAUCAAGACGUGGGCCAAGGAGCGAAGCAUUUGA